UUCUGGUUAAUAUUCUCUUUCUAUACGACCGCAUAGUGGAUCUUGUGAUGUUUCAAGGAAACUGCAAAACAGAACAUCUUUUCACAAUGGUUUCCAGGCCAAGGGAGCAGCUUGAAUAAAAACAGCACCGAGCUUCAACAGUAAUGGCAAUAACCACUCUCAAUAAAGAACAUUGCGUGGGAGCUCUCCCUGAUUAUCUGUGAUAUUUCCAAUUGUUGCUUUACCUGGAAAGUAAAAGAAAAUUGAUACUUCCUGCAGAUUAAGGGAGAGGACUUCUCAAGGCAAUGGGACACAGAUGUAUGGCAUCAGGCGAGGCGAGCCGGGGCUAAGGUUCGGCCACAAGACCAGUGCCACAGGAGCAGUGGAUUUGAGUGUCCCAGUCAGCACAAUCCUGACUUCUGCGACCCCCAUGGAUUUCCAACUCGUUUCACACCUCAGCCAGCGCCCAGAUACGGCAAUCCUAAAUAUGAAGCCAACCCAACAGCCUCUCUUCCAAACCUUCUCUCAGCAACACCAGCAAAUGGAGCACAAGAUGCGGCUGAGCGUGGAGGCAGCUUGCCGAAAUGCAGAGCAUGUUCGCCAGGAAUCAAGCUUACGCCAACUUGUGAACAAAGACAAAAGCAAAUGCAGUGCCAUGGCCAGUCCUGCAGUUAAGCAGAAGCUGCUGGAGAUGAUUCGCAAUAAACAGCAGGUGGCGCCAGAUCGCAAUAACGUUACCAAUCACAGCUCAAACACAACUAUGCUUUACAGGCCCCCUGAGAUUGAAACACAUCAACCUCCUAUUGUGAAUAAUUUCAUUCCUCAAGUGACUGCCCGCAGCUGCAAUCCUUCAGAGCAUUUUCCUCUCCGAAGGACAGCCUCUGAGCCUAACCUGAAGUGGCCCUGCAGGCCCAAGAAGUCUGGAAGGAAAAACCCAUUAACCCGCAAGGAAAGCGCUCCACCUGCAGUCAGAAGGAGACCCCUAGAGACCCAGGAUUCUUCACCGAGCAGUAGCAGUACCCCGGUGUCUGGCUGCAGUUCACCAAAUGAUAGCAUUCCGGCUGAAAAUGGAAGUCUUUCAUCCAUCCCUGGAGCUGCCUCGGAGGGAGAUAUAGAACGGAGGACAUUAUCUGGUAUGGUACAUGUCCCCCUUGUGACGCAUCCCACCGUCUUCAUGUCACCGGGUAUAGAGGGUCAUGACGGUACCAACUCAUUGGCAGCUCGUUUGCAGCCAGUAAUCAUCCUAGAAUCCUCAGGAACUCGUACACCUUUAGUGGCAGUUCAAAGUCUAGGUUCAGUGCCUUUUCAAAUCGCUCCUUCCCUUCUAAGCAAUCACUCAUCAGUUCUUGGACACCACAAGGCAUUAAGCAGAACCCGUUCUGAACCAAUUCCUCAAAAUCAGAAGACACUUCAACAGCAAUUGCUCUAUCAACCGCAAUACCCAAUGUACACUGAACAUUUAAAACAGCGGCAGUUUAACAAGCGUCUGUCAAAAACCAGUGAGAGACCAAGGUUAAGCCAGAUCCCAUCAGAGGAGCUUGAUGACAGUGGAGCUGCAAGUGAGAGGCCUUCAGAGGUAGGAGGAAACUCUCUGAGAGGGCAUGGCGAGUCCUUGAGAGGUGGUCUGCAUGAUACGCACAGCUCCAGCCAUUCAGUGGUUCAGCAACAACAUUAUCUACCGCAGACAUGCGGAUGGGAUCAGAGUCACCAUCGCAACCUCCAACAGCUGAAAAGGUCUGCACCACUUGACACUCUCAUGAUACCACUUCAGCAAGGCACACAUCGCCCUCUCUCAAGGGCAAAGUCUUCUCCAGCUUCAGCCUCCUUACCAACUCCAGAUCCCUCUUCUAAAACAAUAUCACUAGCUGUGCCAGAACAGGCUACCAAGCCCCGCUUCACUACAGGAAUUGUGUAUGAUUCAGUUAUGCUAAAGCAUCAGUGCACCUGUGGAGACAACAGCAACCACCCAGAGCAUGCUGGGAGAAUCCAAAGUAUCUGGUCCCGCCUGCAAGAGAGGGGAUUGCGCAAUCAUUGUGAAUAUAUCCGGGGAAGGAAGGCAUCCCUCGAGGAACUGCAGUCUGUACACACAGAGACUCACGUACUGCUUUAUGGAACCAAUCCUCUGAACAGACUGAAACUGGACAACCGCAAGCUGGCAGGCAUCUUGGCUCAGAGAAUGUUUGUGAUGUUGCCUUGCGGAGGGCUUGGGGUUGACAGUGACACCAUUUGGAAUGAGCUUCAUUCGUCAAAUGCAGCUCGAUGGGCAGCUGGUAGCGUGAUCGACUUGUCGUUUAAAGUUGUUAACCGUGAAUUGAAGAAUGGAUUUGCUUUGGUGAGACCCCCUGGACACCAUGCAGACCCUUCAACUGCUAUGGGUUUCUGCUUUUUUAAUUCAGUGGCCAUUGCUGCAAAACAACUGCAACAAAAAUUAGAUGUCAGGAAGAUUCUUAUAGUGGACUGGGAUGUGCACCAUGGCAAUGGAACGCAGAGGGUUUUUUACAGAGACCCCAAUGUACUAUACAUCUCCCUGCACCGACACGAUGAUGGAAACUUCUUCCCUGGCAGUGGAGCUGCUGAUGAGGUUGGUGCUGGCAAUGGUGAAGGCUUUAAUGUGAACGUUGCCUGGACGGGUGGUUUGGAGCCUCCAAUGGGAGAUGCUGAAUAUCUUGCAGCUUUCCGGACCCUGGUAAUGCCAAUCGCUCAUGAGUUCUCACCAGAUGUGGUCUUGGUUUCUGCUGGGUUUGAUGCAGCUGAAGGACACCCGGCUCCUCUCGGAGGAUACAAAGUGACCGCAAAGUGCUUUGGCCACAUGACACGUCAGCUUAUGAGUUUGGCUGGUGGACGAGUGGUACUUGCUCUGGAAGGCGGCCAUGACUUGACAUCUAUAUGUGAUGCUUCUGAGGCCUGUGUAUCUGCUCUCUUGGGAAAUGAGCUGGAUCCCCUAUCUGAAGAAACAUUACGGCAACGACCCAACCCAAAUGCUGUGCGUUCAUUAGAAACAUGCAUUCAAGUCCAAAGUCAAUACUGGGCAUCUGUCAAACGAUUUGCAUCCAAGGUUGGCUACUCAUUUAUGGAAGCAAAGCAUGAUAAAGAUGAGGUGGAGACCGUGACUGCCUUAGCAUCUCUGUCUGUCGGUAGGGGUUCUAUGGCUGCUGCUGGGAACAGUGUUCCUCAAGAAGAACCAAUGGAAGAAGACACGCCAAUGAGUCUAUGACCUGUGGAACUCAAAAUCUAGAAUUAGAUGGAAUCAUUUGAACUGUUCGUGAUGAAUUUAUGCAGUUUGCCUGAUUACUUUGAAUUGUGAAAAUCACAUUGUCCAAUGCCUGUGAGUUAAUUAAUAAGGAUACCAUUUCCAUGCUCAUCAUGUACUAAUUCAAAUGUGAGAUCGACAUGGGAUUUUGCCUAAAAUUCAAUCUGCAUUUUGUUGCCUGAACAUGUUAAGUUUCUACCAAAUACAAAUAUACUUUGUCUUCUGAUGACUGACAUUUUGAAAAAGGCUGAAGACAUUGUUGUGCUUGACCAAAGAUAUCACUCAGGUGAUGACUGAUGGGUCGAAAGGAAGACCAAAGGAAGAUUACCAAUGAUAUCCUACUAGGACCAGUGAUAAAACAACAUUUCCGAGACCUAAGAAAUUGAAUAAUUGUUUUGUAUGAAGUCAUGUCUCUCAAAAAUUAAUCCAUCAACAUAAAAAAUCCAUACCUGACAUACUGGGUUUUUUUAAAUUGUAUUUUCGUUUACAUCAUGCUGGUGGUAUGCAGUUCCUUCACUCAUAAACCUCAGGACCUCAUGGAAUUUUCUCGGACUGUGUUCAUUGGAUCUUUGGUGGUUAUGCCAAACAAAAGAAGCGUAUUUUACCACUUUUUAAAAAUGCAUUAAGUUUUAUUUCAAUUAUGCCAAUAGGUAUAGAUGUACCUUGAUUUCACAAAAGUCACCAAGAUGAAUCUCUUGAAGCUAGGUUACCACUAUGGACUUAAUUAUCUGUGCAAAAUAUGGGAGACAUUUUCACUCACUCACUGGAGAUUCAAGCACGGAGACAGAACUGAAAGACCUUUUAAUUCUAAGUGCCUGGCACACCUGGAAAUGUAGAAAAUGCCUUAUCGUUUUUAUAUUUCUUAUGACCACUAAUCCCAACUUGGAAUGGAUUUUGUGUUGUUCAUUUGCACUAUGGGGUUACCCCACACACAUAACAAACAUACAAGGACAUUUUAAAAACGACAACAUGUCAACUUCUAAUCGACUGCAUAGAAUAAAAUGGGAAAGGACCUUCAUUGCUGUACACAUGAGUGCUUUAAAAGACAUUUUUGAACAAAGGUUGCUAUAUCGAAGAAAAUAUUAUUUCCCGUGUGCUUCAGCUUCCAGGUGGGCUGGGAGAGGUUAUAAAGUAGUUUUGAAAAACAUAUUUUAAUGAACUGUCAGAAAUACUUUGUAUUCGGCUCUUAGGUUUUUUUUUUUUUUGUUUGUUUGUUUUCUCUUCUUCUUGUUUGUCCACAAUUUUUACUAGGCUCAUUUUAAAAAAGACUUCUUUGUUUCACAAAAGUAAUGUAGCUUUUAUGGAUGAUACCUUAGACCAGUGGUUAUAGACACCAGAGGAACUGGAACCACAAAUGUGACACCUCGUAAUUUUAGUGGAUCCACACUGGUACAUGAAACAGCAGGCAAUUGCCUACAAUACGGUGGUUACUGUACCAGCAUUCCUAUCACUUUGAUGGUGAUUAAAGUCUCUAAUUUUUAUAAAAUAUUUUUGAUCUUACUGUUAUUACACUUUAAUGAUGGGUUGCUGAGCUAAUUUCUCAGCAGAAGAAUGGGUUCCAAAGCUAAUGCUUUGAUCAGAAUUUGGGUCUCUGACAAUAAAAAAAGGUUUAGACACUUUGCGUUAGAUGACGAUAAAACUAAAUGUACAAAUUGUUCACACAGAGUCACCUUUUGGGGUCCUGUAAAAGGUGCCUUCUGUGAGUUUAUGUCCCGACUGUGUAGUUAGUCUAAAAAACAUGUACCUCCCCAAAGCUGAAUUCUUAGGUUUUAGACACAAUAUUAGUAUUUAUCUUAAUCACUCCUUAAUUCUUUAUUUUCUAGCACAGAACAAUCUUUUUGGUAUAGCUAAGGUCUGCUAAUGCAUGUGGUGUAAUUCCAUUUUUUUCAACCACUACGUUUGCACAGCUGAGCAUCUCGAAUCAAAACAGAGCCAGAGUUUGUGUGGACAUGUCCGGUAGUUGCACUGGGUAACUUGGGAAAAUAGAUCUACUUUUGUGUUCUUAGUCUGUGCCAAUGGGUAAUUGGAAUUGGAAUGAAAAAUACAGACAGGGUUGUUGUCUAAUAUCGGAUAGUAGUAGCUGAUUGGAAUUGAAUUCCAGCAAAGAGAACUUAUAGUUCAAUAUGGGAUAAUCUGAAUGAUAGGAUUUGCAGCUCCUAAUGGGUUUCUAGUAGUUAUAGUCUACUGACUACAGAACCAUGUGCCCAGCUUUGGUUUGAAAUAUUUUGCAACUCAGAAAAAAAUGUGAUCAGGCAUACAAGACGUGCUAAAAAUCAGCAGGAUUUAAGGAUAGAGAGCAAGGUUUCUGCUGCUGUUUUAAGAUUUAGUCUGUUCAUCAUGAAACGGCCUCUUUGACAUUCACAUUCUGAAAAAAUGUCAUUCCCAGAGCGCAAAGGGACUUUGAAGUGAAAGCGGUGAUGGCGUUGCUGGGGAAUAUCCAGUAUGUGUGUUUUUGCGUGAGUGUGUGUAAAAGUCUAUACUUACCGUACUAUUGCUUCUCUACUAUCACACUUUGUAAUGCUGUCAGGUGUGAUGACUAGUGAUGCGUGAGAGGCCGAGUCGUUAAUCAAAACAAACAGCUGUCUAAAGCCUCGGCUCACCAGAUCCUGUAGAUCAAAAACAAAUCUUUAUCCUCUGGGAUCAUGACCACUUUCCCCUCGAUUUUUUUUUUCCCUUCCCUCUGCACCCUCACAGCCACAAAUUGUAUCCCCUCUGUAACUCAUCAAUGUGUCAAAGAAAGAAAAAAAAAUCAAGAUUGUGUUUUACCUGUUAACUUGUACAGCCUAAGAAAAUGUCUUUUAUCUUCCAUAUUUGCCAACAUCUGGUCUAGAUAAAGCAUCAUGUUUAAUCUCCAGCCUCUUGGAAUUCUCUGCCACACAAAUGUUUUUCUAACUCACUGUAUCCACGUGCUCAGAGCCCGGUAGCACAUACCUAUACCACGGAUUAGUUCAUAACUUCAAUGGUUCCAAGUGUGAUUAUUGUAGGCGAGUUUCAUUGUUUCAAUGAAUUUACAUAGUGUAUAUACUGUAUAAAUGUGACAUUACAUCUAUGUGUAUUUUUUUUUUUCCGGGGGAAUUAAGGGUUUUCAAAAAUUGACAAAGCAAUAAAAAUCUAAUGACACCAAAGUU